AUGGAUCACGCCGACCAUGCGCCAGAUCCAUGGUCAACAGCACCAGAGAACGGCUCGGCAGGUCGAGCUAGUGCAGCACAGGCCAGAGAUGGCGUGGAUCAUGUUGAAGAAGAGCUUGAGCUCGUGCCGCCCGUUCCACACGAGGCGAUUCACGAGGCGAUGGACGAGGAUCCUCAACAUUCGGGCUCGGAUCACCCCGCGACCCCAAUGAAUCUAUCCGGCGCGCUGGAGAAACAAGCCAGACAGGCCGAAGCCAACGAGUUCGCUUUGGAUAGCGCAAACGCAGCCGAUGAGGCCGGCAUCGCGGAACUGGAGGAGAAAUCCGGUCAUGCUUUGUUCAAUAACCCGCCCAAUCUUUCGAGGAUCCGUCGGGUGCUAUUUGAGUGCAGUGACGCUAUCGAAAUCAGCCUUGAAGAAUAUCAAACAUACUGGCCGUUUAUCGACAAUGUAUGGGUCAAACAACGGUCUAAUUCCAGCAAAGAGGGCCACUGCACAACGGACUAUUAUAUGUGUCGGUUACGACGGCCGACGCAUCGCACAUCUGAGACUCGCCCUCUGCCAGAAGGGAAGCGUCCCCGAAAGAAACGCGUACGGGAGGGGGGUAUGUGCAACUUUCAGAUCAAGGUUGUGCGUUUUGAGGGCGCGUAUUCGACUGUCACUAUUGCUAGAACGCCCGGAAGCAGCGACGUUCAUUCGCAUGAUCUCGACUUUAUCGACCGGGUGAAGCGGAACUCGGGACUCAUGGAGUCCGCGCGAAAGGAAUCAUGCAAGGGCUACCUCCCUUCAUCUAUAUACACCAAAUUCCAAGAGUAUCCCGAAAAGCUUUCGGAAGCCGGGGGUCGAUUUCUGACCGUCACGGAUGUACGCAAUGUUUCUGCGAAAUGGCGCAUCCAGAACCCGGAGGUCAAGCUCAUUCCACAUGAUGGAUACGAGUACCAAAAGGGUCAUGGGAUCGUGAGGUCUCAGGGUGCGGCGGAACGAUCUAGCGAGAAUCUAUCUGCCCAUUUACGAGUCCACCAUUCCCAGGAUUCGACUCCGGCUCUGCCUCCUGAUAUCCUUUCUUUUCCGCAAUUCUCCUUGGACUUUUUACAGCCUUAUUUACCGAGUCAUACUGAUCGGCGCGAGUUCCCUCACGUCACGUUGUCCUACGCCUCAUCUAUGGACUCUAAGAUCUCUCUUCGGGCAGGCAUGCAAACGGUGCUAUCAGGACCCGAAGCGAAAUUAAUGACUCACUACCUUCGUUCUCGCCAUGACGCUAUCCUUAUAGGCGUGGGAACUGUGCUUGCAGAUAACCCCGGUCUAAACUGUCGUCUAGAAGGGGCUGGAGGGUUCGGAGGUCUUGGGAGGAUGUGGCAACCACGUCCGGUGGUGAUUGAUCCUACGGGGCGUUGGCCUGUCCAUCCAGAUUGUCGAAUGUUACGGACAGCAGUGGAGGGGAAAGGAAAAGCCCCGUGGGUGGUGGUGUCACCGGGAGCGCAAAUCAACCCACAAACUCUUAUGAUGCUCAAGGGCUACGGGGGCGACUUCCUCCGAAUUGUGGAAUAUAACCAGCAUUGGCGAUUACAUUGGGAAGGCGUUCUUCGAGCUCUAGCUUCUGAAGGUAUCAAGAGUGUUAUGAUUGAAGGUGGCGGGACGGUUCUCAGUGAGUUGCUCAACCCGGAAUACACCAACUUCAUCGACUCGAUUAUUGUGACGGUGGCCCCCACUUACCUGGGUAGCGGCGGUGUUAGCGUUAGUCCACACUCCAAACUUGAUCAAGAGGGCAACCCUAAUGCCGCUUUGAAUCCGCGCGAAGUAAAGUGGACUCCUCUGGGCCAGAAUGUCAUCAUGUGUGGCAAAAUUCGACCACACGAGGACGAGCGACGGGGAGAGUAG